GGCGUGCACUUAUAUAUUAAAUUCUCGUUAUUUCGUUCUGAGCCCUGUGCUCCGCCGUAGCAGCUGCCAGCUGGGUUAGGCUGGAUCCAUAUUCUGGUGGGAUGGAGGUGGGGCACUGGCCCUGAAUUGGUCCCCCUGGCGAUCGUCCUUACCCCUCUACCCUCUUCUAGCUCCAUCAUAAAUAAAAAACAUUAGUGCCUGACCGUUCUUUCUCUCCUCCUACUAAUGAAGCAUACAUAAUACAACAACUUUAUACCAUAUACCGAAUUUUAUAACGAUGGCCGACACGAUCUACAAGGCGAGCACCACCGCCCCCGUGAACAUCGCGGUGGUCAAGUACUGGGGAAAACGCGACCCGAAACUAAACCUCCCCACCAACUCCUCCCUGUCCGUCACCCUCUCCCAAGCCGACCUCCGCACCCUCACCACCGCCACCUGUUCCGCGUCCUACCAAGGCCAGGAAGACAGCCUGACGCUCAACGGCGAAGCCUCCGACAUCAGCGGAGCCCGCACGCAAGCCUGCCUGCGGGAGCUGCGCGCGCGGCGCGCCGCCCUCGAAGCGGCCGACCCGUCGCUGCCCAAGCUCUCGACGUAUCCCCUGCGCAUCGUGUCCGAGAACAACUUCCCUACGGCGGCGGGUCUCGCGUCGUCCGCGGCCGGCUUCGCGGCCCUGGUGCGGGCCAUCGCGGACCUGUACGAACUCCCUAACACGCCGACGGACCUCUCGCUCGUCGCGCGCCAGGGCAGCGGCUCGGCCUGCCGCAGCCUGUUCGGCGGGUACGUGGCGUGGCAGGGCGGGUCGCGGGCCGACGGCCUGGACUCCAAGGCCGUCGAGGUCGCGCCCGCGUCCCACUGGCCCGAUAUGCGGGCCCUGGUCCUGGUUGUGUCGGCCGCCAAGAAGGGCGUUAGUUCGACUUCCGGUAUGCAGCAGACCGUCGCCACGUCCGACCUGUUCCAGCGCCGUAUUUCGCAUGUUGUGCCUGCUCAUAUGGAGAAGAUGGAGGCUGCUGUGAAGGAGAGGGAUUUCGCUAAGUUCGCUGAGGUUACGAUGAAGGAUUCUAACUCGUUUCACGCGUGUUGUGCGGACACGUAUCCGCCUAUUUACUAUAUGAACGAUGUUUCCAGAGCGGCUGUUAGGGCUGUCGAGGCGAUUAACGCGGCUGCGGGCAAGGUUGUCGCGGCGUACACGUUUGACGCUGGCCCGAACGCCGUGGUGUACUAUCUAGAGGAGAACAGCGGUCCGGUUGUGGGAACAUUCUACAAGCUGCUCCAAGCGACAGAUGGGUGGAAGGACGGCGCUAGUGCGUACAGCUCUGCGGCUGUAGCGUUAGACGAGGCUACAUCCAGCUUGCUUAAGGGCGGUGUAAGCAGAAUUAUACAGACCGGAGUAGGCGAAGGUCCGAUAAAGACUGACCAGCACUUGGCAUGAAUGGCUGGUAUGAAGAAGCGACAUCGAGAGACGACGUUUUAGAUCUUGGAUCGGAGUUCACGAAUCUUUUGGUUUCUUGAUGAGUAAGCCACCGAUACCAACAUCGAAGGCUGGACAAGAUGAGCGGAAUUUGUUGGUCACAUAUAUACAAAUACGGAGCGCUUUGCAUUAGAGGCAAAAGGGGAAAGGGAUCCUGAUAUCAUUUAAAUAUACCAUUUAAUAACAUAAAAGCAUUGCACCUGCAUGUUUCAAUUUAUGCACAGUACUUGCCUGCCUUAGGUACCUGAAAUAGAUCAUAUAUCAAUUAAAAC